UAAAAUCUACUUGGUUUGGAGCUGCUUUUUAAAAGCUCUGCUAUUGAGGGCGCAUCGGUGAGACUGUGGUCUCUGCAAAUGCCAACUUCAGAGAGAGAGAGAGAGAGAGAGAGAGAUCGCAAACGAGAGAGAGAGAGAGAGAAAAAGAGAGAGAGCGGGUGUGAAAAACUGCAGCAAAGAUCAGAUAGCAGACAAGGGUGAGAGAGAGUCAGAGAGAGAGAGAGAGAGAAGAGAGAGCAGUGUUUUAAAUGUUCAAAGAGAGAAUCGUUUGCGAGGUGUUGCACGGAAACAUUAGGAAAUCUUAGCCAUGCAUGCAUAAGCCUCAGGAUGACCACGACUGAGCUGAAGAUCUCUGGAACCUGUUAGCACACAGAUAAGACCCUCCUUCCAAUAUAUGCGUACAUGUGCGCGACUUUCCAUCUCUGUGUGUGUGACGCUAAAGAUGAGGACCUCGCUGGACAGUCAGGAUCCCUUUUCUUCCGCUAAGGGAACCAUGUUAUUGGUGGGGGAGCUGUGAGAAACUCUGCGGAAUAAUGCUUUAGUUCAACUUCAGUUGUUAGGUAUUUCCAUGCACACGAGGGGAAGAGAAAAGGCAACACGAACUGAUCCAGAGCUGCGUUGGUACUCUCUCCUGCUUACGGACUGCUCACAGUCAGGCAGAGUGGCAUGAGUGUGGGCAAGCCCCACCGCUAUAACAUCGUGUCAUCGUCGGAGGAGGACGUGGGCCGUCACGGCACCAUGCCCGCCCUCGGCAAUGGCUUCGGAAAUGGCAAGAUCCAGACCCGGCGGAAGCUGCGGAGCCGCUUCGUUAACAAAACCGGCCAAUGCAAUGUCAGCUUCGCUCACAUGGACGAGCAAUCCCAGCGAUACCUCGCUGACAUCUUCACCACCUGCGUGGACAGUCGCUGGCGCUGGAUGUUUCUACUUUUCUCCCUCGCAUUUGUCAUCUCCUGGUUAGCGUUCGGAUUUGCGUUCUGGCUUAUCGCUCUUGUCCAUGGUGAUCUAGAGAAACCUCAAGAAAACUUCACGCCAUGCGUCAUGCAGGUCAACAGCUUCGUCGCAGCGUUUUUGUUCUCAGUUGAGACGCAAACAACAAUUGGCUACGGAUUUCGCUGCGUGACUGAGGAGUGUCCUUUAGCUGUGUUUAUGGUCGUCUUCCAGUCCAUUGUGGGCUGCAUUAUUGACUCGUUCAUGAUUGGUGCAAUCAUGGCAAAAAUGGCGCGACCUAAAAAACGUGCAGAAACGAUACUGUUCUCGCAUAACGCCGUCAUCUCAAUGCGCGAUGGGAAGCUCUGCCUCAUGUGGCGGGUUGGGAACUUGAGGAAGAGUCACAUUGUUGAGGCUCAUGUGCGGGCGCAACUUAUUAAACCCCGAAUUACAGAAGAGGGCGAGUACAUACCUUUGGAUCAAAUUGACAUCAAUGUUGGGUACGACCAAGGUCUGGACCGCAUCUUCUUGGUCGCUCCCCUCACCAUCCUCCAUGAGAUAAAUGAGGAGAGUCCGCUGUUUGGAAUCAACCAGCAGGAUCUGGAAACAUCUGAUUUUGAGAUUGUGGUCAUACUGGAAGGAAUGGUGGAGGCGACUGCCAUGACGGCUCAGGUGCGCAGCUCCUACCUGUCCAGUGAGAUCUUAUGGGGCCAUCGCUUUGAGCCUGUGGUAUUCGAGGAGCGCAACCAGUAUAAGGUGGACUAUUCGCACUUUCAUAAAACCUACGAGGUGCCCUCGACGCCACGCUGCAGCGCCAAAGACCUGGAAGACAACAAAUCCUUGGAGUCCGGUGCCAACUUCUGCUAUGAGAAUGAGUUAGCUUUUAUUAGCAGGGAUGAGGAGGAGCAAGAGGAGGACAGGGGUGAGAGGGGGACUGAGCUAGAGACACUUUCAGCCAAUCUGAACUUUGAUCAGAGGUCGUAUCACAAAGAGUCUGAAAUUUGACCCCAGAUCAAAGUCUUUGCUUUAUUGUAGACUCGAUAGCCUAUUCUUUUAAGGGCUUUUCACACUGCGCUUAACCCCGGUUCAUCGUCAUUCUAAAAACCACUUUAAUCCAUGGGUAACAACAUGUUUCACACCUGUAAUUUGAAAGCAGUUUUAGCCCCAGGGUUUUAAAACCCUGCUCCGGAGCUGGGUUUAGCACAGCAUUUGAGGUGUUAAUCCUGGAUUGUGGUGCUAAAUUUGUUCAGUGUGUAAUGGAGUGGUUUUUGUUUGCUGCUGCUGGAUUCUUGGCAACAGACGGCCAAUCAGAAACUGAUCAGCGAGGUUCAAGUCAUGCUAUUUAUAAAUGCAGCAGAAACAGUAGUAAGUGAGAGAAAAGUCAGAAAAAUUGUAAUCAGAACAUUGUAAGCUGGCAUACUUUGCUCCUUGCUUUCAUUCAUUUGUACUUUUGCCUUUGUUUUCUUGCCUUUGCGUAUCUCACGAGACUUAAAAUAACUAAAAACCUACCCGGUGACAUAAAGCUGCCAAGAUGUGGAAAUGCAGUGUAAAAGUUACCUGCUGGUCAGCCAAUUAGCGACAGUGACAGCGACAAAUAUCCAAAUAAGAACCGUUAAUCUGGGGUUUAGGAAUGUACAGCAUGAAACGUCUGUUUGUGAAUACCCAGGAUUAUUCGUUUUACCACUAGUAUGGUAUGAGCAGUGUGAAACAUGAUUACAAAUAACCCAAGACUCAGGCUCCGUUCACCCUAAUAUGUUUUAGUUUUAAAACGCAUAAGUUUUGCUUCGGUUACGCCUUUAGUCCACAUUACCCCAGAGAUUUUAAGCGCCAAAACCUGAGCUUUUUGAAAAAACGCUGAAGAGGCUGUUUCCAUUUUAAAUUGCUGCUGCUCCGUGUCAGUGUGGAUGUGGAAAAAACGGAGACAUCUGAAAAUGGAGGCAUGGCUGCAGACAUGCACUUAUCUGACUGGGGCUUUUUCCUCAAUAUUAACUCAAAAGUUACUCAAAGUACUCAAAGUUCAGUCUUGCAUCCUUUCCUGAAGUACAGACUUCGCAAGUUUGAUAUGCAAAAUAAACUCCCAAAGACACGUCAGGUAAAUCUUCAAAGGGAACAGUCUAGACUACUUUAUUAUGCCGUUCACAUCACCCUGGAUAUCUUAACAAUAAAAUGAAAACAUGAUAUAAGUUACUGCCUAUUUUCAUUUUGAUAUCAGCAGUUUAAC